CAAGAAUGGAUGUGCAAGAUGGGAAUGAAGCUGGCUCGAUGUUUUCUUCUCAAAGCUCCUUUGCAACCCGACGCGCUCGGCAAUUAGGCUACGGCCGUCAAGGUCAAUGCCGAAAGCGUGAGGAAUGGGACUUUUCAUCUUCCUUCGCAGGCCCGGGCAAUUAUCAGCAUUAUGGGUCGAGAGGCAAUGUCAAUGCUUUGGGGAAUAAGUUGUCGGGAGCCCAGGGAGACGGUUUUAGCGAAGCUAAGCUCCGUACUACCAAGAAUAGUCAACCAAGUUAUCCACCACAUAUACCUAUCGAAAUCGGCCGUUCCAAUCAAGUCGGUCGUCCACAAGUUAUGUUCGACAUCGAAGAGCCAGACGAUGGUGAGAGACAUCCAAGACAAGAGAAAAUCUCAAUAGUUUGUCUCAUCAUCUGCAAUCUGUUCCCACCGCUUCUCCCCUUCUUUGCCGCGGGCAAGCUGGACUCCUUCAUGUCAUUGCUGACUAGGCGGGAGAUCCGUAAAUUCAGCAAGUCAAAGAAAGGCUUGGCCAGGUAUCUCACGUUCCUUUGGGCGGUUGCGCUGGUUAUUGGCGUGGUUCUGUUCGCCAUUCUCAAGUAUGGUGGAUAUGCAAAGGAAGGUCAACGUCCACGGCAGUUUUCGCAACCUCUUCCAUGAGACUUCGUGGAUGGCUUCUACCUAUUGUGUACAAUUAAUGUUCGACGUAAC